CUUCUCCACUUGACUCCUCUCAUCACUUGGGUAAGUGCAGCUCUCCGAAGCCUCUUGGGGAUCUCUCUCUGUGAAAAUCCUUCCUCUCACCUUCCCUUCUUUUUUCCCGGGGUGUUUUUCAGAAGCCAAUCCCUGUCUCAAGGAUGUCCUGCUCCAGCCUGUGUACCCCCAGCUGCGUGGCCACCCCGGCCCCUGUGGCUGACAGCUGCAACGAGCCCUGCGUGCGGCAGUGCCCUGACUCCACGGUGGUCAUCCAGCCCCCGGCCUCGGUGGUCACCUUCCCCGGGCCCAUCCUCAGCUCCUUCCCCCAGCAGAGCUCCGUGGGCUCGGCCGGAGCUCCCUUCGUGGGAGCCGGCUCCGGUGGUUCCUUCGGAGGCCGUGGCGGCUACGGUGGCUUCGGGGGCCGCGGGGGCUAUGGAGGCUAUGGGGGCUACGGGGGCUUUGGGGGAUUCGGAGGUUGUGGAGGAUUCGGAGGCUUUGGUGGCAGCUGCGGCGGCUACAGAGGCUGCGGGCCCUGCUAAGCCCCAGCCCGAGCGCCAUCCCUGAUCCAGAAGAGCUCCAGCAACGUCCCCGACCCAUCCCCGCAUGCCAAGGCCCGAAGCAAGGACACAGCGACAGACGGACACUCGUCGCCCGGCCCUGCUCCGCUGCCUUCCUGCCCUGCUCGGAGCUCCGCAGUGAUCGCUGCCCGCUCCUGGCACGGCCCCGGCUCGGCUC